CAACCUAGCGUACUCGCAAGCUGCUACAGCGUUGAUGCUUUGACUUCCAUGGUCAGCGGCUUCCACUACUGCACCACGACGGGGACCGGUAAGAUUCGCCAACGCUUAAAAUCCAAUAUUCCGCAUCGUGAUGAACACAGUGGUAUCCCUGAGGUCCCCUCAGGGUCGAAAAACCCUUCUUCAAGUCCUCCCCGCUCGCUACCCGUCCCUUCGCCCGUAGGGAGCAGCUGGCCGGGCAAUCAAUUGCCUGAAUACAAAGGGGAGGCAACGUAUACCAUUCCGGAAGAGUGUGAGAGGCUCUUCUGUGACAAAUUGCGCGCGAUUUUCAUUGGUGAGAUGAAGUUCGCGCAGCAAGAGUCGCCUGGGAUGGAUGCGUACCAAAGCCGGCCAAACUGGACCGGGCGUGGAAAAAGGCCAGUUCGAAACUGGGUCGAAGUUUGGGACUACGUUGGCGAUGCGAUUUAUCGAGGCUUUUUGACUGAUAUGAAUGAUGAACGGACGUUAUUCUUGUUCUUCAAAGACAGUGUGCUUGGCCACAAUCUCAAAGCUGGGUUGAUCGCCCUGUUCGAGCUAGCCAGCAUGCCUAUGUUUGAGUGUUCUCAGAUUGUUGCGUGCAUUCCCCGGUCGCAGGAAGUAACAGAUUCCGAGAUUGUGAGAAACCUGGGAUGGUGUGGUUUUAAUCUGACAACACUGAAACCUUGGAUUUCUGAGCAGUGUCUUGAGCACUGCCUGAGCACGAAAUGGCUUUUCCUAUGUGCGGAG